CGACUACCGAUAUCACGAGCCGAUUGCCCAUGUGGGUUCUACGUCAAGUGCCGUGCGAUCCGUACAGGUUUCCUCCGAGGAAGGUCGAUAAAGUCGACUGAAGGGUCUCGACGCGCUAGUAUGAGGAGAACUCUCGAGCGAGACUAUCAAGAGGAACUACCAAGAGAAGCUAUCGAGGGGCAAAGAUCUUAG